UGGCCCAGGGCGCGAUCCUGGAGACCCGGGAUCGAAUCCCAUGUUGGGCUCCCGGUGCAUGGAGCCUGCUUCUCCCUCUGCCUGUGUCUCUGCCUGUCUCUCUCUCUCUGUGACUAUCAUAAAAAAAAAAAAAACAUUAAUAAUAUUAAUAAAUACCCCAAGAAGGUUGGAUCACAACAUCCUUGUAGGUCUUUUCAGAAGCCCACAUUUACCUGGGUUGUGCUACUAGCCGGAAUGCCCUCCCUUCACAGAGCUAAAUGCCACCCAGCUGCACCCUCUGGGGCAGGAGGGCUGGUGUAUGAGCUCCUGGACAGUGGGCAGAAACCUCUGGGGAAACAGGCCUUGCUUUUCACUCCGUUACCGAGUGGUUGCCUGUACUGGGAGCCCUUUAAGACUCCUUCUGUUCCUAGAGUUUUGGAGAUAUCCAGAGUCUUCCUGGGCACAGGGAGGGGGAGACAGGUAGACCAGAAAAGUGCAGGGCCAAGAAUUUGACAGAGCUGUUUCAAGAACACUAGGUGCCAAAGAUACGGGUGCAUUGGAAAAUCAAGUCUGGGAGACUUGGCUAGUCCCAGAACCUUCCCUCUCCCUUUGAUGCACUUCCUUCCCACCACACUCAAGGCAUCCUAGGUGGGAGGGCCCCACCCUGAUCCAUAAGGAAGAACAGUUUCUCAGAGAGCCCCGACUCCAUCUCCUGAAGCCUGACCCUCUCCACAGGGGCUGGGGCCUUUCCCCAAAGCCUGCUCAGAGGGGGCCCAAGUGAGCUGUGAGAGAAGGUGAUAUCCGGACUGCCCUCAUAGAGAAGACUCCUAUGGCCCUGCCCUCAGACCGGGCUUCUUCCAGUUCUUUCUUGGCCUUUCCAUCCCAAAGAGCCCUCAGCCUGGGGAAUGGGCUCAGCCUCGGGGAGGGGCUCUCCAGUUUGCCAUGGCAACAUGUUGGCCCUCCUCACUUUCCAGAAUCAGAAAUAGAAUUGGAUGCCCUUCUUCGUGGUGAGAGACUGUUUAAAAACAUGUAGGGGGGAGGGGUACAGUGGCAAUGUCCCUGCCCAAACCCUGGGGGCUGGGCAGAGGGGUCUAACCUAGGAGCUUCUCUGGCUGCCCUGCUGCCCCUGCCCUUACCUGGAUGAAAUAUAGUCGGCUUUGGCCAUCCAAGAAUUCUGAGUACAAAGGACUCAGCCUGGUUCGGCAGGGUGUGUAGCUGGCCCCUAUUCAGUGCUGCCAGGCUGAAUAGGGAGUGCACUGGCUUAGAAGUGCCAACAGGGGAAAUGCCCCUUCCAGGCUUGAGCACCUGCUAAGCUAUUGGGAGGAGGAGAAGGUUCAAGUGGGACAUAGCUCAGGUGGGUGCUUGGGGCUAUAGCACUCAGAAGGUAGGCAUGUUGGCUCCCUUCCAGGAGGGUCCAUGCCUGCAUGUGUGAUAUCCAGUGGUGGUACAUAGAUUUCUGAAGUGCGGGUCCAGAGCCUGGUGGCCUGGCUUCAGAUUCUGGCUCUACUACUCAUUUAACUGAGAUCUCUGUGAAUUAUCUCUUCUUUGUGCCUUGGUUUCCUCAUUUGUAAAAUAGGGAUAAUAGUGCCCAGCUCAUCAAAUUACAAGGCUGGGUAACUAGCACUCAGGACUGCCCAGCUCAUAGGAAGAACCUGAUCAAUAUUAGUCAUUGUUCUUUUUUAUUUUUUAAGAUUUUAUUAAUUUUGAGAGAGAGAGCACGAGCGAGGGGGGAAAGGCAGGGAGAGAGAGAAGCAGGCUAGCAGUCUCCAUUGAGCAGGGAGCCCAAAGGACGUGGGACUGGGUCCCAGAACUUUGGGAUCAUGACCUGAGCCAAAGGCAGACACUUAACAGACUGAGCCACACAGGGGCCACACUUCUUAUAAGGGGUGUUUGCUUCCCAGGGGGGAAAAACUUUCUCCUCUCUCAGGACUGCUUUUUGGGGGCCUUCCUUCAUGGGCCACACCCUUCCACUGGCUCUGCAUCCUUCCUCAAGGAGACUUUAGGAGGAUCUCUCAGUCAGUUUUCACAAAGCUCCCAGCCUUGAAAGGAGGAUUAUGCCCCACUUCUGCAGGAGGUGGAGGGCAGAGGUGGUCAGACAGGCGGGGGGUCUCAGGGUCUCCCUCCCUGCCUUCUUAAUCCUCCCAGGUGUAACCUGGUUCAAACCUCCCCACCAGCUCUGGAGGUUACUACUAGCAUCUCCAUCGUGGAGGAAGAAAUCAGUUUGCUUGAGGCCAGAGAUUAAUGAAGUUGACAGUGUUGAGCGAGUAUGUGUGUAUGCAUGUGCGCAUAGGCAGGCCACAGGCCCUCCAGCUCUGCCACCUUCCCAGGCCAUAGUGUGUGGUGAGCAGUAGCGUCCGGGUUCUUCACUGAAGGCAGCAUCUGGGGAAGGGAGAGGAAGCCCAGGGGACCUGAGCGGGGCUGAGUCAGGCUUCGCCCAGGGCCGAGGCAGGAAGGUGCAGAAGCAGCAGCACUAGCCAGCCUGGUCCCUGGUCACAUCGUUUCACACCCCACGGCCAACUGUAAGCUCUAUUUUUAACAUUUGUGAAAACACUGCUUCCGAGGACAGGCCGACUGCUGCAUUCCCCACAAACCUGUUUCCUGGCCAGAAAGACUGAGGCCUGAAAGGACACAGCCCUGGGGACUGGACAGAAGAGGCUCAGAGCUCACAGCUGGCAGGCAGGAGGAGGGCUGGCUCGGCCCCAGGUCAGAACCUCCAGGCUAGGCCUGUGGUAAUGGGUGCUUCCCCAAACUGCUGCCUAGGCCUGUCUUCUAUAGAAGACAGCCUUCUAGAGGGCACGUGUAGGCCUGGGCUGGUGGUCCACACCAGGACAGGUCCCACCUCUCCCUGCCUUCUGUUUGCCCUCCUAGGAACUGGAAAGGAGGAGUAUCCACCGAGUCUAACAGCUUGCCUACCCUAUGUCCAGUCCCGUGUCCAGCUUGUCCUCACUGUGUACACAGCUGUGCCCACUGUGUGCCCAGUCCCGCACCAACCAUAUCCGUACUCUGUAGCCAGCCCUGUGCUCACUGUGUCCCUCCUGUGUCCCAUCUGUAAUUGCCACUUGGCUGGCCCUAUGUCCACUGUGACCUAGCCCUAUGCCAAGUGCUCUGCACCACCCCCACCCUCCUCAACCAGCCAAGGUGAAGUCGACACAGUGUGAUAGGAGCGAGAACAUUCUGACUUGAGGAUUCUGAGCAAAGGCCCCACCCCCACCCUUGUCGCCCCCAUAGCCACCUCUGUGGGAUACUGGUUCUAGGCUUGAAGGACAUGUGGCUCUGGGGAGGGGGCUCUAUGAGGCACAGGCAGAGGAGAACCAUCUGGAGCAGAAAGACUGCCAAGGAGCUGCUGUCCCUGGAGUGGGAGCCAGGGAACGUGGGGGAGAGGAACAGGGGCCUGAGCCAGGCCCCUCACCCUCUUCUGUCUCCCAGGACCGAGUGGUAAAGGGGCUUUGAUCCCCUCAAAGGGCCUUGUGUCACAUAGUUGGAACUCAUCCCUGGGUAGGGGCUAAAGUCUCAAGUUGCUACAUGAGAAGAGAGGAGAAGGAAUCAAGUCUGGCAUCUGACAUAGACCAGAAAUCCAGGUUUCCCCAGUCUACUUUUCUCCCUUCCCCUUGGCCUUCCACUGCCGCGCCCAGCCCCUGCCACAACGGGCACCACCCUCCUCUGGCUAGCUGGCCUGGGGAGAGAGUAGUCAGUCACCUGGCCCGUAAGGGUAGAGGAAGCUGACUUCACCAGGAUUCCCAGGCCUUUCUGUCUCCCAAGGUUCUCUGGGCAGGCCCCAUUCCUCAGGGGGGUGGGGUCCCUGGUUUCCCAUACUCUGUCACCACCACCCCCACCCAGGUCACUGGGGGCUGUGAUGUGUGAGGUUGCCAUGGCAAUGAAGUGGGGGCAGGGCACCUAGGGUAUGGAGCAGGACUAUGGAAGUCACCAAGAAGGUGGGGGACCCUGAUCCAUCGGGCCCCCAGGGCCACCCCUCAGCCAGCAGCCAGCAGCUGGGGGGUGGCCACAGAGGGUCCCAAGGACCAUGGAUAAACUCGGGAUCUGUAUACUUCAGGCAGGGGUUGUCAUUAUCCACUGAGGCCAUCAUUGAUAGGACCUGUGACCCUGCCUCCCAGGCCCAUGCCCCUGAGCCCAUUCACCAGCUACACCAGGAUCCUGCUGAGGUUGGCUCCCAGUGUGGCUCUGAGCGGACCUCCCAAGAUGCCCCAAAACUCCCCUCUACUAGCCCAUUUCCAAGCUCCAUCGUGGGAACCCAAACGCAUCUCAUCGUGGAGAACAGGACUCUGACUUUACCCGUGGACACACGCAAUGACAGCACCAGUGACUCUCUCCAGCAUGGAUUUUGCCGCUCUCGGCUUCGGGUGCACGUUGCAGGUGAGGGCAAGGCUCCAGCUAAAGUCCUGGUAGGCUGGGGCAAAGGCCCCUGCCACCCUGACAAGAUAGCCCCCUUGGGCAGCAGGAAGAGCCGGUGGCUACCUUAUUUUCUUUCAGGGGAGGAUGGCUUGGCUGCAACACAAGGUCCUCUUCUGACUCCAGCCCAAGUUCAGGGCCAGGGCAAGGGCCUGUGUCCUCCCGCCCAGGCUCCUCCAACUCCAACUCAGGCAAAUACUCCAGCUGGGGAUACUACCCCAAUGCCGGCAGCAGCUGAACCUAAUACCUGCAACUCUGACCACUUGACAGACACCACUGCCACAACCCAUGGCCUGUCCCAAGAGCUCCUGCUCAGGAAGUGUGGCAACCAAUGGUCAGUCCUCUUGGAGUCUUCCGAAGUAGUCCCAUCCUGCCAGGACAAAAUGGAUUUUUGUUUCCAGAAGGAGCCUCCCACCCCAACGCCCACUCCAGAGGAGUCCUCUGACCAUGUCCAGGAGCUCGAGGUUGCUGGAAUGCAGGUGUUACCCACCCCACCUGAGAACCCAGCGGAGAAGCCCCUGGUCUGUACCUCUAGGCCAGGCAGCCCAACACCAGGCUCAGGCCCCCCGGGUACGCCCAAGUCCCAGAGGAAUAGCCAGGAGAACUGUAGCUCUCAGACAGACCAGCAGCCUCUCAAUGUUUGCAACAAUACCUGCUCCAGUGUGCCACCAUCUGCCUACCAAGUAUCCUGCCACAAGCAGUCGCCAGUCCAGUCUCCCACGGAAGCUGCACAGAUUUCCCCCUCCAGUGCUCCUACCUGCCAGCUCCAGGAUGCCACUGAAGAUCAUGUGCUGGUAUUCGAUAUGGCCACAGGCAAAACCAGGAUCGGGCUACUGUGCCAUGACCCCAUAGGUUCACGGGCAGUGCUGGUUGGUGUCAUGCCCAGCCACUCAUCCAUCUAUGUCCCCGAAAAUGUGUUGUCCACUGCACCAUUAGCCAUGCCCAUCCUUUCCCCUGACAACAAUCGCUCCAGCUUCUGGUCCACUUCGCACAUGCUCUCCAGCCCUGCACCCUCCAGCCUUUCAUCUGGAAGCUACCGAGAGGUGGCCUUGGUUCCCAAAGAGGGCAGGCUCAACUUGGAGUCACGGGAUACCCCUAAUUCUGAGACACCCAUCAGAGUGUUCACUGGGCCCAUUCCACUAGGAAUGCCCCUCCAGCUUGGUGAGAGGCUAUUGAGCCAUGUUCGUGAUCCUGGCUGCUCCAAACCAGAUGGUAUAAAAAGUGAACCUAGUCAUACUGUCUGGAUGCUGGAUGCCUUCAGGAUGCAGCACACCUCCAUGAUCCAGCCCAAGAAAUUUCAGUGGAUGAACUCAGAGCAGACCCCAGAGCUUGCUCCAGAAGCCCAAAAGCAGGAGGUGCCCAGAUCUCUGCUUCAGGAGGAUAGAGGCAACCACGACCAGAAAGAGGUCCUUACUGCUCACCCUGACAGCCUUCGGGGUGAAGGUGCUGGGCAGGCCUCCCUCGGUGGUCAGUCCCUACUGGCUGAGCAGCAUCCUCUUGCUGGACAGCCCUCUCUGACCAGUCAGCCUCCCUCUGCUGAGCAGUGCCCCCUCACCAGGCCCACCCAUCCUUCUGGACAGCCGCUCCUGGCUGAGCAGUCCCCCUCCACCAGGCAGCUCCCCCUUCCUGGUCAGCCCCCUCUCACUGGCACCCCUCUUGCCAGGCAGCUUUCUCUCACUGGGCAGCCUCCCUUUUCUCAAGAACCCCCCAUUUCCAAAGGACCCAUCUCAGGAGGGCCCCCCAUCAUCAGGGAGCCCAGCCAGGCCUCCACCAUGUGCCAAGAAGGUGAGCCCUUGGGCUUGCCGGCCCAUGUGGGGGUACUUCAGAUGCCCCUGGCCCCUGAGGAGACCUGUGUCUACAUGAGCAGAGAUAAGGUCGGUGGUGGCACCACUGAAAGCUCCAGCACACAUCAGCUCUCAUCCUGGCAACCGGGCAGUUCCCCCAGGACCCAGGAGGAACAGUUUUCCCUGGUCACAUUCUCUACAUCUGGCACUGGCUGCAAAGUCUUGCCCGUGGCCAUGGUGGGCACAGAGCCCCAGGGUCCCCGCUUCAAGGUGACACCCGAGAACAUCAUGCACUCAUCAGUAGUUGCACACCUUGGCCUGCUCCGUGGGGCCUGCUAUGAACUGGUGCCCACCACAGAUGCUCCGCCGAUGCAGUCCCCGGUGCUCUGCCGCCACUCACUCGGUCCCUACCAGGACAUGGCAGCUGUGGUGAUUGACACAGGCACAGGCUUCACCAAAUGUGGACUGGCCAGAGAGGACCAUGUCCUCAGUGUGUUGCCUUCACGUGUCCAGUUGCUACAGCACCCAGCCCAGGACGAGCCCCGGUAUGCGGUGCCUGAGAACCAAGAGGGCUCCUAUCCGGUGCUGAAUCGGGGAGUGGUCUCUGACUGGGAUGCGCUGGAGGUGCUGUGGCAGCACCUGUUUUACUGCAGGCUGGGCGUGCGCCCGGAGGAGCUGGCUGUACUUGUGGCCGAUUCGCCCAUCUCUCCACGCACCAACAGAGAAAAGGUGGCGGAAAUACUCUUUGAGCGUUUCCAUGUGCCAGCCAUGCAGACAGUGCAUCAGGCCCUGCUGGCACUCUACGCUUAUGGGCGCACCACUGGGUUGGUGCUGGGCAGUGGCUAUGGGACCUCCUAUGUGGCACCUAUCCUCACUGGGGAUCUGGCCCCACUUGACACCUACCGGCUGGAUGUGGCCGGUGUUGACCUCACUGAAUACCUGGCUCAGCUACUGUUGGCAGGUGGCUACUCACCGCCCAAGGCAGGGUUGGUCAACCAGAUUAAAGAGGGCUGCUGCUACGUGGCCAUGAAUAUGACAGCUGAGAUGGCCCGCACUCGGACCCAGGCCCGAGUGGACUUUGUGCUUCCAGACAAGCAAGUCAUCACUCUGGGCUCUGAGCGUUUCUGCUGCCCUGAGGCCCUCUUCCAGCCCAGUCUGCUAGGCCUCAACCAGCCUGGCCUCCCACAACUAGCUCUCUUGAGCAUCAGCCGGCUGGAAGCCAAGCAGCAGGAGCAGUUGCUGGCCAACGUGGUGCUGGACGGUGGCAGCACCCUGAUAAAUGGCUUUCCUGAGCGCCUGAGACAGGAGCUGGGCCCCCAAGCCACUGUGCUGGGCUCUCCCCAUCGUGCUGUUGCUGCUUGGCUUGGAGGCUCCAUCAUGGCGUCCCGGGACUCCUUCCAGAGCCUGUGGCUCAGCCGCCGUGAGUACGAGGAGGAAGGCCCUUGGGCCAUCUACAAGUACCAUCUGUGA